AUGUCGGCGACCAAACGCGGCUCGCUCGACAAGACUUCUGAGGCGGGCUCGUUCAAUGAUAAGAGUGGGGCCCACGAGAAAGCCGCCGGCUUCGAUGCUACAGGGAGCGAAGAGGGUAACGUCGGGCUCCAUGAGUUCGAUAUCGCCAAACAGUCCGGGAUCCAGGUCACCGCAGAGCAGAACCGCAGGAUUGCGAGGAAAAUAGACAUCUGGAUUCUCCCGAUGCUCUGUCUCGCACAAGGUCUCAGCUAUUUGGAUAAGACGGCACUGAACUACGGCAAUCUGUACGGCAUGAAGGCUGCGCUGCAUGUAUCCGGAAGCCAGUUUAGCUGGUUUGCGAGCAUUUUCUAUCUAGGCUACCUCAUCGGGAAUUACCCGGACAGUUGGUUACUGCAGCGCUUCCCUACGGGCAAAGUAUUGGCGACUACGACCUUGAUAUGGGGAACGAUCGUGAUAACUACCCCGGCGUGCACGAACUUCGCAGGUACCAUGGUCAACAGAUUCUUCCUAGGGCUUCUCGAAGCCAUCGUCACGCCCGGACUCACGAUCCUAACGUCAAUCUGGUACGCGCAAAGCGAAGUCCCAUUCCGGGCCCUCAUCUGGUACUCGUUCAAUGGAUGGGCGGGGAUCUUCGGCGGCUUCAUGGCGUACGGCGUUGGGCACAUCGAGAACCCACAGAUCGCGUUGUGGAAGUACGUUUUCCUCAUUCUUGGAGGGCUUAGUGCGGUCUUCGCGGUUGUCCUUUGGUUCUUCUUCCCGGACUCUCCUGUCGACGCACGCUUCUUUACUCCUGAAGAGAAGAUCCUCGCGGUGAAGCGCGUGGCGGAGGCGAAACUCGGUGUUAAGAACACCCAGUUCAAAUGGUAUCAGAUCAGACAUGCUCUGGUCGAUCCGAAGACAUGGUUGUUGUUCGUUGCCUCCAUCGCCGCUCAGAUUCCGAACGGAAUCGUGUCUAACUUCUCUACGAUCAUUAUCAGAGCAAGAACAGGCAUGGGCUUCACCACUCUACAAAGCACGCUACUCGAUGCGGCAUCGUCUGGGGUACAGAUCGCGAGCCUCCUUCUCGCAGGGUGGAUAUGUAUGCGGUUCAAGAACAUGCGCGUCAUAACGAUGGCCGCGGGCAACAUAACCUGUAUUAUCGCCGCGGCUUGCUUGACCUACCUGCCUUCCGAUCAGAAGUGGAACCGCCUGGUCGCAUUCUGGUUUACCUCGUUCCAGUCCGUAGGAUUCGCCCUCUCUUUGGUUAUGAUAUCGAACAACGUUGGAGGGUUCACGAAGAAGACGUUCACGACGGCUGUAACGUUCAUCGGGUACUGUGUCGGGAACGUCAUCGGACCCCAUUUCCUGAUUGACAGCGAAGCUCCGAGAUACGUGACCGGCACGACGGCAAUGUUUAUAGGUUAUGUUAUCAAGACUGUCGCUCAUCUCGCUCUCGGUUUCUAUAUGCUAUGGAGCAAUAUGAAGCGCGAUCGCGAGCAGGGACUAGUAACGUCAUACGAGGAUCAGAUCAAGGGCGAAGAGGCUGGCAUGCACGACCUAACGGAGUUCGAGAACCCCUACCACAGAUAUGUUCUGUGA